AUGGCGCCGACUGCCGCCAGCCGCGGGGCCGCGCUCGCGGCGUUGGCUGCCAUCGCGUGCGGCCUGGUCGGAUGCGGGGACUGGUCCCCUCAGAACUGGUUCGGCGGCUCGGGAGAGGACGCGAAGACGGUGUGCGAGGCCGACCCGACGCAGGCGUGCAAGUGCAUCCUGGGCGCCCACGUGUUCAGCGACAUCGAGGGCUGCAGCCCCGACGCGUGCGACAGCCCCGCCGCGGGCCUGAAGGAGCUCAUCGACGGGUGUGCGGAGAAGGCCAAGUCGAAGGAAGCGCAGUGCGAGGAGAUCACGAACCUGAUGCAGUGUGCGACCGAGACCGGCUGCACGGGCCCAGUCCUCACGGCGUCCUGCCAGCACAUCGUGUUGCAGCACCCCGACUGCCCGGUGGACUGCGGCGGGGCGGCCCCCCGCGCGGGGGGCCUUGGCCUGGCGACCGCCGUGGCCGCGCUGCUGGCCGCAAAGUCCGGCCUCGAGGCGUGA